ACAGGAUCCGACUGACGGUACUGACAUAUCCAAAUCUGUUGUGUUGUGUUAUUUAGAUAGCUUUGAGUGUCGCUGCUUCGCUAUAGGUCGGUAUAGUUGACUGGUGCCGUGCAAACAGAAUAAACUAGUGUCGAGUUGGGAUGCUGACUGACGUCCUCAUUCUGACGCUGGGCAUUACCCUGGCCUUUGGAAAUACGGUCAAUAUGUCCGGCUCACUUCCCGUGAGGCUGGUGGACGGGGGGAUGUGCUCCGGAAGGGUGGAGGUGUACCGCGACCACCAGUGGGGGGCGGUGUGCGGGCACGGCUGGGGCCUGCGGGAGGCCGGCGUGGUGUGCCGGGAGCUGGGGUGCGGCUCGGCCACGGGGGCGAGCCACGGCGCCGCGCCGGGGGGGCGCCGCGGGGUCGUCUGGCACGCCGACGUCCAGUGCUCGGGCCAGGAGGAGGAGCUGGCCCAGUGCCGCGUCCUCGGCUUCUGGAGAGCGGCGGAGGACGGCGGCUGCGCUUACCGCCACACCGCGGCGGCCAGGUGCUCAGAGGAGCUGCACACGCCUGAAAUCUGGUACAACGUGUCCGUGGCGGCGCCGCCGUCCCGCGUGGUGCGGGGCCACGGCUUCAACGUGACGUGCUCCGUCCCGCACCGGUACGCCGGCAGCUCCGUCCAGCUGCGGCUGGUCCGCUCCAACGGCACGGUGCGCCAGGAGGUGCCCGCCCGCGGCCCGUCCGUCACCUUCGCCUUCGCCAGCGCGCAGGCCUCCCACGAGGGCUACUACUACUGCCUGUACCGCGUCCGCCUCGGGGGGCAGGUCUUCGCCUCCCGCGAGAGCCAGCCCCUCCCCCUCAUCCUGGCAGAGCCGGAGCCGUUGCUGAGCGCCAUGGAGCUGAGCUGGCUGGUGUCUGCGGUCAUCUUCGUGGUGGCGGUGCUGGCGAUCGUGGCGGUGGCGUGCAGUCUGCGGAAGAGGAGGCGGCACCGCAGCGAGCUGGAGAGACGCAGCAGGACCUGUGUGGAGAACACGUACACGGCCUUGCCAGUGAAGUAAGGGAAGGACCAGGCAGGCAGAAGCUCCACAGAUCCCAGUCUGGUGUGAGGACCAAUGAGGCUGCAGGGUUGUGUGAUCCCGUAACCCAUACUGAACUGUUAGCGGGCCAGGAUGGAAGAGGACUACAAUUCCCAUAAUGCACCUCUCUCCGCCUAGGAUGGAAAGAGGAACAGAACGUCCUCACAUUGGAAAUGACUAUGGAUGGACAAGGAAGAAAGAAAGUCCAUUGUUACCAGUGCUAAAAGGCUGCACCGAUCACUGAGCACAAAGCACAGUUUUGUCAGUGACUUCGGUUUUUCCGAGAAGAAACGGAAAGCUCGUUGCACUCCCGCCAGCCACUCGGCCCGGUAUUAGCCCAGCACAGCGGCUAACCCGGGACAAUAAAGGACUGCGGCUCCGCUGCGGCACCACGUUAGGACGCAGAAGCACUCCUAGUGACGGGUGCUCCGCUGCGGACGUUUGCCCCAACAACACUCCUCCCUGGGACGGGAUCUUUAAACCCUGGGUCCGCACACCGGCGAAGACCGAAACCAUCGUUCUUAUUUGUUUUAUUAAACAGUGUGACAAACCUUUUCAUCAUUACACUUCAUGAACUUUUUAUGCAUGGGUAAAUGUGUGUGUUUUGUGUGCUUAACUUCAGACCUGAGGCGUAUUGGGCCAUACAGUUCUUUCUUUCAAGUGCUACGUGGUCUCUGAGCUCUUUGGAUUUUGUUUUAAUCUAGUUUUUUGAACACCAGUGAACAGAUUAAUUUGAAAACAGUCCAAAUGUAACAGUCUUCAGUUUUGUGCAGAGAUAACCUUAUUAUCUUGUUACUAAAAUGUUUUAUUUUCAAUUUUAAAAAUCUGAAAUUUUCUUUCCAUUCACUGAGCAUAUGUCCAUAUCCAAGAAAAUCUGCAUACUGUUACCUAGGUCUGAACAACCUACACUCCUGGGCA